CGCUCUCUUCCCAGUCUCCCAGACCUAGGCUGCUACAGCAGCCUCUCAGCAAACAUCCCUGUCCAAGUGCUGAUCCUGCUGUCUUCCUGAUGCAUUGCCUGCCAUCGUUCCGAGCAUGCAGCAAAAACAGCAUUGCCACUCAGGCAAUGACAGCCAUCUAAUGAGCCAGCACAUGAAUGCUUCUGUGCUUCUCUAUGGUUUUGCAAAAAAUCAGCUGCAGUAUACAGGAAGUGUGUGUAUGUGUGCCGUUCUCAGUACUGCUAUUUGUAACUCUGAACUCAUAAGGCUGACUUCCUUUAUCUUGCACUAAUGCAGCCUUGACACUUGUUCUGGUGCCUUUCUAAUGGGACACAAGCCUGGAUGAAAGUUCUGGUGCUAAGAAAACCUUGGAACUGGGUUCUCUGCCUGGAGAAGCCCAUGGACACCACAGUGAAGGAAUUUAAAGAUGCCUCACCCUCCUUCUGCUAGGGAGGAUGACUCUUACAGUUCUGCACAUGUAACCUCUUCUUCAAUGCAGUUAGCAAGGGAAAUUUCUGUUAGACUGUCAUAACACACUGGAAGUUGGGAGUUUCGAAUAACAUUAGUGUACUCCAUUUUCAGGAAUUUGCUUUUGUUGUAUAUUUUUCCCCCAAAGGAGUUAAAAUCUGUGAUAAGCUCUUUCUUCAAAUCUGGAUCUUGGCAGCUGGAAAAAGAUCUCGGGGUCGAGGAUGGGGAAUGCGGCUGGAAGCAUGGAGGUAUCCCCUGGAAAAGAAGUGAAGGUUCAGUCGCUUGCCAACCCUCUGCCCCAGAAGCAGACACCACCUCCAAAACUUCCUAUGCCAAAUGCUGGGGAGUUAGAGGAGAGAUUUGUCCACGCACUGAAUUCCAUGAACCUGCCCCCGGAUAAAAUGAAGUUGCUGAGUCAAUACGACAAUGAGAAGAAAUGGGAACUCAUCUGUGACCAGGAGCGUUUCCAGGUGAAGAAUCCUCCAGAAGCUUACAUCCACAAACUGAAGAGCUAUGUGGAUACUGGGGCAGUCAGGAAGUUUAAACGGCGUGUCCAGGAAUCUACACAAGUGCUGCGGGAACUUGAGAUCUCUCUCAGAACAAAUCACAUUGGCUGGGUAAAAGAAUUUCUGAAUGAAGAGAACAGAGGGCUCGACGUUCUGGUCGAUUACCUUUCAUUUGCACAAUGCUCUGUCACGUUUGACAUCGAAAAUGCAGAUAAUGGAGGAGUGACUUCAGACAGGUCAAAGUCUCUGGACAGAUCAGUGGAGGACCUCAGUAAGAGCAGUUCCUCAUCUCCAACUCAGGGUUCAUCAAGGGCCUCCCGACAUCACACUGUCAGGCAAAACACAAUGCAUAGCAGAAAGGCAUUAAGGAAUUCACGGAUUAUAAGUCAGAAGGACGAUGUACACGUCUGCAUCAUGUGCCUCCGUGCCAUCAUGAACUAUCAGUCUGGAUUCAGCCUCGUGAUGAGCCAUCCUCGAUGUGUGAAUGAGAUCACGCUAAGUCUUAAUAACAAAAGCUCAAGGACCAAAGCACUUGUCCUGGAACUGCUUGCUGCAGUAUGCCUGGUUCGAGGGGGUCAUGAACUAAUACUGUCUGCUUUUGACAACUUUAAAGAGGUUUGUGGAGAAAAGAAUCGUUUUGAGAAACUAAUGGAGUACUUCAAAAAUGAAGACAGCAGCAUAGACUUUAUGGUGGCUUGCAUGCAGUUCAUUAACAUCGUAGUGCACUCAGUGGAAAAUAUGAACUUCCGAGUCUAUCUUCAGUACGAAUUCACAGAUCUUGGCCUUGACACCUACUUAGAGAAGUUGAAAAUAACAGAGAGUGACCGUCUGCAGGUACAGAUACAGGCGUAUGUUGACAAUGUCUUUGAUGUUGGGGCACUACUUGAAGAAACAGAAACAAAGAACACUCUCCUGGAACAUAUGGAGGAGCUACAGGAAGAGGUGUUGGAGCUAAGAGAACAACUCCGGAUAACAGAAGAAAAUGCAAUGGCAAAUAUUGCUGAACUGGAAAAGCAUUUACUUCAGACAAGGAAAGACUCAGAAAAGCUACGGGAAAGUUACAAUGAAGCAGUUAUCAAGAUGGCUUCCUUACAACAAAAAAUACUGGAGAAGGAAAACAUUGUGAAACAACAUGCACUGUUAGAAAAGAAACUCGCCCACCUGCAAGACACGGGGACAAUCAAGAUACAGCAUCUUCCAGAAGAUGACAUUGUUAUAGAGGUCAUCCCAGUAACAGUGAUUCAGUCUGCCCCAGCCACUGCUAUGCCAUAUCUUCCACCAUCUGAAAGCACAGGUACCAUAGCUGCUUCAGCUCAGCCAGGAGAAACAGUGCCAGGAGGCACAGCAGUGGCAGUACCAGCACCAGGACCGCCACCACCUCCACCACCACCACCACCUCCUCCACUGCCAUCAGAUGACCAUGGGACUGUUACACAGGCUGUCUCCCAAGAAUCGACAAUCACAACUCGUACCACUGGAGAUCAACUUCCUGCACCACCCCCUCCCCCUCCCCCUCCUCCUCCUCCUCCUCCACUACCAUCAGAAGUCAAAGAAGCAGAGGUCAUGUCUGCCCCCCCUCCCCCACCCCCACCUCCUCUCUCUGGUAUAGACAUUCCUCCCCCACCCCCACCUCCUUUCCCUGGUACAGAUAUCCCUCCUCCACCACCACCUGCACCAGGAGGAGUACCACCACCACCCCCACCACCAGGCAUGUCAAAUCUGUCCUUUGCAAAUGCAUCUCAAGCUGUCACCUCAGCAGACCUUACCUCAUCGCCACUACUAACACCUGGGCUCAAGUUGCGACGUGAAAUCAGUCUUAGCUCUAACCGCUCUGACAGCACUGAAAGUUAUGAAGCCGUAAAAAUCAAAAAACCAAUACAAACCAAGUUCCGAAUGCCUAUUUUGAACUGGGUAGCCCUAAAGCCAAACCAGAUCAAUGGAACUGUCUUCACCGAGCUCAAUGAUGACAAGGUCUUGGGGGAUUUGAACAUGGAUGAGUUUGAAGAUCAGUUCAAGACAAAAGCACAAGGCCCUGCAGUAGAGCUCAACACACUCAAAGUAAAGGCCGUACAGAAAUCCCCAAGCAAAGUGACACUGAUGGAGUCUAACCGGGCAAAGAACCUGGCAAUCACACUUCGAAAAGGAGGUCUGAGUGCUGAAGAAAUCUUCAAGGCCAUUCAAAUGUAUGAUUUAACAUCUCUGAAUCUGGAUUUCCUGGAGCUGCUAGUAAGGUUUAUUCCCACAGAAUAUGAAAUAAAAACCAUCUCACAGUAUGAGAAGAGCAAAAAGCCUUUAGAAGACCUGUCAGAUGAAGACCGUUUCAUGAUUAACUUCAGCAAGAUCCCACGGCUUGCAGCACGCAUGAACAUCCUAACCUUUUUGGGUAACUUCAGUGAUACCGUACAGCUGCUGACACCGCAACUGAAUGCCAUCAUAGCAGCUUCAGUGUCCAUCAAAUCUUCUGAAAAGCUGAAGAAAAUUCUGGAAAUUGUCUUGGCAUUUGGGAACUACAUGAACAGUGGGAAAAGAGGAGCAGCAUAUGGUUUCCGAUUGCAAAGUCUAGACCUGCUUCUUGAUACAAAGUCCACAGAUCGGAAGCAGACAUUAUUGCACUACAUUGUGAAAAUUAUCCAGGAAAAAUAUCCAGAGCUAACCACCUUCCAUACAGAGCUGCAUUUCCUAGAAAAAGCUGCUGCAGUUUCUCUUGACAGUGUCCUUCAGGAUGUAAAGGAACUGAAUCGGGGAAUGGAGCAGACACGUAAAGAAUUUAUGGUUCAAGAUGACAGUGUAAUCUUAAAAGAAUUCCUAAAAAGCAACACUGAAGUCAUAGAAAAGCUUCAAAGUGAUGGGAAAACAGCACAAGAAGCUUUUGACUCAGUUGUUGAAUACUAUGGCGAGAGCUCAAAGACCACUACCCCAUCCCAGUUCUUCCCGGUGUUUGUCAGAUUCACCAAAUCUUAUAAGCAAGCAGAACAUGACAAUGAGAUAAAGAAAAAACAGGAAGAAGCGGCCAAAGAGGGGCAGGAGUCCGAAUCCGAACCCAAAGAGGAGUCAUCACAAGAGAAAGCUGCUGCUGCAAAAGCCAAGCGUCCACAAGUUGACUUCAUUGCAGAGCUAAAGAAAAGGCAACAGGUGAAAGAGCCUUUGAUGUACGAAAGAAAAGAUGGAGCAAUUGAGGAUAUCAUUACAGAUUUACGUAACCAGCCUUACAGGCGUGGAGAUGCUGGGAGACGGAGCGCCAAGAAGCGAACCAAUGGACAAACCCUUCAAAUCACAUCAGACAUCUCACUAUGAUCCAUGAUACAACGGUGGGGAAGAGAAGGGAGUUGGCUUGCAGUUCAGAAAAAAAAAAUGUAUCUUCAUGCAGCACCUCCCCAUCGCAAUUUGACAGACUACCUAAAAUAACUGUUACAUAGUAGGAGCCAACUGCUUCUAAACAUUUGUGUCAAUCAGUUCUUAACUAGAGCGUCAGCACCAAGAUGGCUGAUGGCGCUAUCUCAGUUACAGCAGAUACUCUACUGUUGCCAUCCACGUAUGUUUCUAUCAUCAAACCAGUGCUUGCAAACUUUUUUUAUUAAUUUAUAUUGUCUGUUUGUAUAUGGCGGGUGGCAGAUAAGAAAAGGUGGGUGGCAGAUAAGAAAAGGUUUGGCUAUUGGUCCUGCAUACCUAGAAUUAAGCUAUUAAACCCCAAGAAGUAUGGGAGGUACAAACUGUGGCAAAACAUACACUAUUUCUAGCAUUCUGAAUGACAAAUGUCAUGUAAGCACACAAGGGAUUUGUUUUCCAGGUCAGAAAUGACUGAAGAAAAAAAAUGACAAUCAAAUUAUGUGACCAAAUAUAUUAUAUAACUCAUUUAUAGUUUUAUGUUAUUAAGUUACCCACCCAUAAUUCAUGUGGUUGUACAAUAAAGCCAGAAAGAAACAACCACGUCUAAAAAACGAUUUGUUAUUAUACAGCUCAUGUGAGACUGCAGUGCAUAAGAGGCAACCAGUAUCAUGUCUAUGAUUUAUCAGAGUUAACCUUAAGUGGUGGGGUUAUGUUAGCAUAACAUUCCAUGUAAUUAAAAACAACUACAGUUAAUCAGAAUUGUAUUUUUUAAUAUAUAUUCUCUUAGCUUAUGACAAAAUAACCUGUUUUAUGCUACAAUAAAGCAUUAUUAGACGAGUGUCACAGAUCAGUGUUCACUGCAUUCAGUCCUUGGCAGUGUCCAGCCAGAUGAAUAAUAUUAUGCCGUCACAGCACAUGUCCUGUCAGGCAUUAUUAAGUCUUGAAAAGAACCUCAACAAUUCUUUUCAGUAAACAUUUCUAAAUAACCAGAGUUUUCAAUUUUUUUUAAGUUAGCGACAAGCUUGUUACAGAAUGUAUUUGAGGAUCAAUGUAGUGAGAAACUGGGCCACAUGUUUUGGAGUUUAAAUCUCACUCUCAAAAAAAAAAAAAUGAAACAGGAUCUUUAAGCCCCAGCUGACAGUGCUGUAUCAUUCAGUUUAACACAAAACAUGCAACAUGUUUGAGAAGGCAGUCGGCACUAGGUAUCCUCACACUUAUUGAGGAAAGGUUUUCCUUGCAGUUUCUGUGCAGUAUUCUUUCCUGUUUUUAAUAUGUAACAUAACUCAUGGAUUUCCUUACUGUUACCUUGGCAUUUGUUGCUACCAAGGUCCUUAACAGUAGGAAUUCCUUAACUGUUUGCAUAAGACAUCUGGACAGAGUUUUUGUUUUUUCAUUUUUCAUUAGUUGGUCCCACCCUCAAGAGACUGUAGGACCAGUAAGCAACUGAAAUGGCUGUAGGCAGUGAUCCUAACUCAAUGUAUGUCAGCCUAUCAAAUCUGAGGAAAGGAAGUAUAACCAGUAGGAGUGAAAUGUGAGCUGAAAAUAGUAACUGAGAUUUUAUGAAUGUAUAAGAGCUGAAGGGGAAAGUGACACAGCUGAGAAACAGUUAGUGAUCACCAAAGCCAGUGGGACAGAGGUUGUGGAGUAAAUGAUACUCAAUAAAGACAUAACACAGAAAGUAAAGUGAAUGAAAGUCCAUGAACCAAAUUUCUAGAGUAGGACAAAAGGAAAAAAAAUAGAGAAAAAAAAAUGCUGAAAGUCUUUUCUGCUACAUUUUCUUUGUUUUUAAACAUAAUCUGGAACCCUCAGGUAAGGGGGAUACAAGACUGUUGUGGAAGCUAAACACAUAAUGCCUUUUUGAUCAUGUUUCUUACUUUGCUGGCAUCCCAUUUCAGAAUGGAAUGAGGGAGUGUCAAGCAUGAUUUUUUAUUUUUGGGGGGGGGGGGGGGGAGUGGCUAAAGUCCACAGGAAGAAAUAGCUGAAUAAGUUGUAAUACUCUGGAGAAUUCCAGUGCUUUCAAAUCAAAGGGUGUCACUGCUGAUUGCUGUAAAAAAACAAUUACUUCCUAUAUCCUAUAAACAAAAUCCCUAAGCAUAAUGCAUUGCAUUGCAUUGUUUUUAGAGGAUCUGGAAAAAAUCAAGCAAUGCAAGUCAUGUGUGCUUUCUUUGUAAAUUGAUAAACAACAGAAUCACCUGACCUCUGCUGUUCACCACUAUUUUCAGUAUGUAGUUAGGCACUCUGUCUGCCCUAUGAUGGCGUACACAAAUGCAGAAUAUUACUAGAUGCAGAAGGUAUAGAAAAAACAGAGUAGGGGAAAUAUUGUAAAGAAAAUAUGUAAGGACCCUUUUUCCUUUGUUUGCAAGCAGUUAACAGUUUUUCCCUGUUCAAUAAAUAUCGGUUCAUUCUUUCAGACAGUGCAAGCAAUGCAAUAGUUAUGCUUGCAACCAAACUGUUGCACUUUUGUUUUGCUCACAGAUGUGUAUUUCUGCAUGGAAUUCAGUCUGCAAGCAAAAAAUGAAGCCUGCUGCAUACAUUCAAGAUGUCAGUAAUUAGUUAAAUUUCACAUUCUGCCUUCAUAAAGUGAGGUCCUGAGAUACAACAAGGGAUAGAUAAAGUGUACACUAACUUAGUAUGCUCAUUCAUAUUUUAUUAGAGUGCCUCCCCUUAUCAGCUUUGAUCAUAUUUUCUAGGAAUUAUUUCUAACAACCUGCCUUACUUAGUACUAACCAAAAUGGCCUCACUCAAUGCCCUAGAAGCCUCUGACAUCAAUUCCCCUAUACAAUGCAUAUUUACUACCAGAAAGAAGAAGCAACAGUUGAGCCUGACAAUAAGAGUAGGGGACAGGUGGAGAAUUUAGCACAAUUUCUGGCACAACUAGUGGCUUUGUCCUCCAUUUUUUCAUGUUACUUGCCAGACAUCAACACAGAGGUCCCAACAUAUCUUCUCAACCUCUUAGACCAAGAAAUCUGGACAAAGCUAUAAAAAACAGGGGAACAAUGUUCCAAAAGCAGAGACACUUUUUUUUAAAUAUUGCUCUUACAAACUUAGAAUGUUAAUAGAAUAACAGGUGUUACAUGAGCAUGAAUUUUCUGAAGGGUAUGAAGUCUGAAACUCAAAUGUCUGUCAUUAUUUCAACGUCUAUGAUUUGCCAGUGGUUUACAGGAAAACCACAAUUCAUGAGAAAAAUGUCAAAAAUAUGACGCAAAAAUCUGGACAUUCUGGGAAAAUCUGUACAGUUGAAAGGUAUGGUCCCAACAGCAGACUUAUUGCUAAAUAAUAAUAACAUAAAAGGCAGUACUUAGCACACUCCUGCAUCUCAAGAGAGAUUUUCUGCUACUUUUUUAUUCCUCCGCCUAGUUGCCACACAAUGAUCCUACCAUUUCAUUCCAGGAUUGCAGACACCAGCAUAGCUGGCUAAGCAUGUAUCCUCUCACUAGUUUGUUGUAAUGUUUGAAAGGAGUGUUUGAGCCUGAAGUGGGAUUUGGAGAAAGGCAGACUCAUUUUGUAGCUCAGUGUUUAUAAUAAUAGAAUAGGAUGCUUAGGUCAGAGAUUCAAAAUAGGUUGCUAAGGAGUAACUAGACUUGUAGUCUAGGAGACCAUUAAGGGGUCUAGGCCAAAUUAUCAAUUGUUCCAAAGUACUGUCUGAUAAAGUGGCUUGUUCAUGGACACAAAAUAGGCAAAAUAAAGUACAAAUAUUCAAACUCAUGUAGUCUUGGUACAGAAAGUAUUUUAUUAGCAAGUCAGAUCUUUGGGCAUCUGUGCUAACUUGCCAAAAACCAAAACAAAGAAAAAGAAUGUUUCAUCUGAUAUUUCCACUAGCCUAAUAUAGAUACUUUAGAGCAAAUAAUACAGAGAUAUGAGUCAUAUGGUUAAAGUGUUCAUACUAUUUCAAUACAGUCCACCUUUGAAAAAGGAUCUUUUGUCUAGUGGGUCCGUGUCUCUGCCCUUUCCAUGCAGCUGUUGACUCGUUUGUAGUUAUGUCAGAAACAUCAAGAAUUAAUGAGGCCUGCAUCCAUCACUCUGUAGUUCUGAGGCUGGUACAAAUACUUUCUUAACUAUACUACUUUACUUAACAAGUUAAACUAUUUUCCUAUACAUAUCCCAUAUCCUGACUUAACUUUGGCACUCUGUUUCACAAGUUCUUGAACAGAACCAAAUAGAAGGCAUGAAAUGGAAAUUAAUUUAGUAUUAUUUUUAUAUAAAAUUUAUAUAGCAGCCACAAUAGAAUAUCACUGUCCAUAGAGUGUCUAUCAAUAGGACAGAGAAAAGGCCAGGAUUGUAAUGUAUGGAAAAGCACAAGGUAAUAAAGGUAGUUUUACUUA